AUGGCCAGUUUACAACUCGGAAUGCGUGCUUCAACGUUACACCAUUGGGCCGGUAUAGGAGAUGGUCGUCACAGCUUUGAGAAACUAACAGAAUUAUUCGAUAACGACGACAAUUACGCAUCUGCUAGACAGAGAAUCGUAUCACCAGAAUGUUUAGUUAUUGACGAAAUUAGUAUGUUGUCUAAGAGAGUUUUUGAGAUGGUCGAGUAUGUUUGUCGACACGUUAAGCGAAGUGAUCUAUGUUUCGGGGGCAUGCAGGUAAUUGGCUGUGGAGAUUUUAUGCAACUACCGCCAGUCCCAAACAAGUUUCUAAAUGAUGACGGAGAGUACUGUUUUAGCAGCCUGUUAUUCGACCUCGCAUUUCCUCAUCAUGUUCAUUUGACAGAGGUAAUUAGACAGAAGGAGCAGGAUUUAGCAAAAGCGGUAGAAGAAUUAUGUGACGGGUCACCAUCAGAUGCCACCAUUGAUCUUCUUGGAAGUUUAAGUGAUAACCCAGAUGUUCCGCAAGAAGGUUUGACGAGGUUGUAUGGAACAAAUUUUGAUGUCCGCUUUGUAAAUGAGGAGAUGCUAGACGAGUUAGAGGGAGAAGUUGAAGUAUUUAAAGCUAAAGAUGAAGGAAACAAAAAUUUGCUUUUGCGGUCUCCGAUUCCCAAAACACUGCUUCUUAAAGAAGGUGCUCCUGUUAUUUUGAUAAAGAAUUUAGCUGGAAGACUUUUUAAUGGACAACGAGGAAUUGUUUAUAAACUAUCAAAUGGAUUGCCGCCAGUUAUAAAUUUUAAUGGUGAACUACAUGAAAUGAAACCGGAAAUCUUUGAAAUAUUUGAUGCGAGUCAAAAUAAAAUAUUAGCGUCACGUUCGCAAAUACCAAUCAUUCUAGCUUUUGCUAUGACUGUUCACCGAGCUCAGGGACAGACAAUUGAAAACCUGGAAAUUGACAGUUCCUCAUUUUUUGCACCAGGACAAUUGGGGGUAGCUAUUGGAAGGGCCGUGUGCAAGAAAGGACUUUCUAUAAAGAAUUUAAAUAUGACUGCUGCGUUCAUGAAACAUCAAAGUUCAGUUUAUGAAUUUUAUGACAAACCAUUUAAUGCAGUUGAAGCCGAUUUGUCGUGUUGUUCAGGGAUUUUGGGUGAAUGCAUUGACGAGCAUUCAAAUAAACAUGCAGUAAGACGGACAUAUAUCUUUCUGGCACGGAAUAGAUACAGAACAAUGGUCAGAAAUGGAACUACCACGUUCAGCUUGCCCAUUUAA